AUGGCGGCGCCGCUGUGCAAGUCGCUCCCCAAGGCCCGUUUGCGCCGCCUGCCCACAUCAUCGUCACGGCCGCGAUGCAUAGCUAGCUACAGCCACGCCAAGGCGCAGGUGCAGAGCAUCUCGCGCGAGACACGGACAAAGACCACGAGCUCCUCCUCGCUCCCGUCACCCACGUACUUUGAAGCGACUGGGCAUACAUGGAUGCCACUGAACGGGAGCCAAGAGCCCGUUGACCCUAACAAGGCCAAGCUCGGCAAGACCCUCCGUAUCCUCCAGGACCGCAUGCCGACGCUCCUCCAGUCGCCGCUCCCGCAGCACAUCCUCGCGCCCAACAUCUCCCUGCAGCUCUUCCCCUCCACGCACCCGCACCUGCCCACCGUCUCUGGCCGCGUCGCCUACACCGCCGCGCUGUGGUCCUCGCCCAUUGCCUGGAACCGCGUGCCGCUCAUCGGCAACGUGCGGCUCGAGAUUCUCGCCGAGCGAAUGACGUCGGAGCCGCUGACCUUUCUCCCGCGCCGCACCGGUGCCAUUGCCGACCAGCUCGUGGUGCGCUGGUGCGAGACGACGAAACCCGGCGGCGCGGGCGCGGCGAUUGCGCGUUCGCUGCGGCUCACCAGGGGCGGCGAGGCCAACGGCGACCCGAACAAGGCGUUUACGGGCUUGUUCAUAUUUGACUUUGACCAGGAGGGACGAGUGCUGACGCACACGAUUGAGACGGCGCAAGAGGGCGGCGACUGGGAGCGUGGGAUGGGCGCCAAGGUUGUCGGGCUGACGGAUUGGCUGCUGGGUGGCAUCCAGCGGGAUCCGGGCGGGACGCCGCCGAUGCCCAUGUUUGAGCGACGGAGACGGUGA